CCUGUCUGUGCGGCGUGACAGUACGACGGUGCAUCCCGGUUAGAAAAGUGUGCGUGAAUUGGGUGCAACGUGGUUCACCUUUUGCAACGCGGGGUGGCCUGAUAUCGUGAUUUCUGCAGAGAGAGAGUUGGAGCGAAAAGUGGUGGGAGAGUGAGAACGCUUGAAACACAUGCUCGAUACACUCAACACCAGUGCGUUAGUUGGGCGAGUGUGGGGUUUCCCAAACUGUUAUACACACUGCUGCAACCGUACGUCGGACAAGUUGAGCCUCGUGACGAAAGUUUGUGUCGCGCCGAAAAUGUGUUAAAAGUGACGGAUUCUGUUCGGUUUUGUGCACUUCCGGUGGCGACGACUGUCCUGCAGCGGAACCAGUUCGAAGUUGGUUCAACUGGAUCCGGAUCGACUAGGGAAAAGUGAAUUUUAUGUAACCCGGGCUGGGAUUAUCGAUUUUCUUCGUCGGGUGCUCCUGCUGCGGCUGCUGCGACAGUAGCAUACAUUCGGGCUGACUUGCUCUUGGCGUGUGAGUGUGUACGGGCGUUGGUGUUGGUGAGCAGCUGAUCAGGGUGUGCUAAGUAGGCGACCUGGAGGUGAAUGUAACAGGCAGCCAACCGCGUUACCAGAGCCUACUACUGCAGCGCCGAGCCUCAAGGAUUCUUGGACUUGGACGGCGACUCAACUAAGGAUUACGCUAAUCUACUGUACUUAAAAGUAAAAUCGCGCGGAAAAAAGUGCAAUAAAUGUGAUAAAUUAACGAAGCGUGGAAUUUCAAGUGAUAAGUCAACGCAAAGGCAGUGUGUGUGUGUGUGUAUCUGUGAAUCUGUAACUGUGCUGCAUGAAUCAAGAGUUUAACAAUUCGCGAGCGUCAGCUGUUUGAGCGAAAGGAAGCAAGAGAAGAAAAAAAAACAGCAAGAGUUGUGAAGAAAGAGCCGUGCGGCAGCAGCAGUCAACAAAGAGAGCUGGAAUCGACAGCAACGCGGCAGCGCAGAAGUUGUCGACGGUGUUCCGUGUGUGUGCUUGCCCGGUGAAUGCAGAUUGACGUUGUGGAUUUUCUACGUUGGAUUAAGAGCAAAGUGCAGCAGAUUGUAACUACCAUGAACAGCAACUCGACCGGAUUGAUUGACGACCUGGACGGAUGUCUGCAGUACGUCGGCGGCACGGGUGGCGCCAUCGCCCUGACCGGGGUGGCCGCCGCCACGGCCCUCUACUACGCCACACGACCUACGCCGGAGAAACCACUAGUGCCUCUAGAUAACCAGUGUCCGAUCGAGGAUGGCCCCGAACAGGUUCACGUGUCCAAGUUCUACAAGGAAGCCAAGGAUGGCAAGUUCGUCAGCUGCCUGCAGGACGACGCCCGCACGCUGUACCAGACGUUCCGGAAGGGCGUGAUAGAGUCCAACAAUGGGCCGUGCCUGGGCUGGCGAGAGAACCUGCACUCGCCGUAUUUGUGGAUGAACUACAACGAGGCCCUGCUGCGCGCCAAAAACUUCGGCUCCGGCCUAGUCGCGCUGGGCCUCCGUCCCGGUCCGAGCACCUUCGUCGGCAUCUACUCCCAGAACCGGCCCGAGUGGAUCCUGUUCGAGCAGGGCUGCUACUGCUACUCGCUGGUGGUGGUUCCACUGUACGACACACUCGGACCGGACGCCUGUGCGUUCAUCAUUAACCAGACGGAGAUUGCGCUGGUCGUGGUGGAGGACGACAAGAAGGUGAAUUUGCUGCUGGACAAGGCCCCGAAGGCGCUGCGCAAGCUGGUGGUCAUGAAGGAUGUGCGACCGGCGACGCUGCAGCGAGCCCGCAAUCAGGGCAUCGAUAUUCACAUGUUUGACGAGGUGGAGAAGAUGGGGGCGGCGCGGGACGUUCCGGAGGUUGAGCCAAAGCCGUCGGAUUUGUGUACGGUUUGUUACACUUCGGGGACGACCGGGAAUCCCAAGGGGGUGAUGCUUUCGCACAUGAACGUGGUUUCUGGGGUGGCCGGAGUGCUGCUUCAGCUGGGUGCUCACAAGCCACGCGUGGGAGAUGUCAUGAUUUCGUUCCUUCCGUUGGCGCACAUGCUGGAGAGGUGCUGCGAAAACGGCGUUUAUUAUAACGGUGGUGCCGUUGGGUUCUACUCGGGUGACAUUAAGGAGCUCACAAACGACAUGAAGGCGCUAAGACCGACGCUGAUGCCGGCGGUUCCGCGGUUACUGAACCGGGUGUACGACAAAAUCUACAGCGAAGUUUCGCGUUCGGGCGUGAAGAAGCUGCUGCUGAGGAUGGCGUUGAACGCGAAGGAGGCGGAAAUUAAGCGCGGAGUCGUCCGGCGGACCAGCAUUUGGGACAAGGUCGUGUUCCGGAAGAUCCAGGAGGGCUUCGGCGGCCGGCUUCGACUCAUGGUCGUCGGUUCGGCGCCGCUUUCGCCCACAGUGCUAACCUUCUGCCGGGCGGCCCUCGGCUGUCUGAUUUGCGAAGGGUACGGCCAAACCGAGUGUACCGCCCCGAUCACACUGACCGUCCAGGGUGACUUUGUGCCCGGCCACGUCGGACCACCGGUCGCGUGCAACGCCAUCAAGCUGGUGGACGUGCCCGAGAUGGAGUACUACGCGUCCCAGCAGCAGGGCGAGAUCUGCGUCAAGGGUAGCAACGUGUUUAUCGGCUACUACAAGGACCCGAUCCGGACGGCGGAGACGAUCGACGAGGACGGCUGGCACCACACCGGCGACAUUGGCCAGUGGCAGCCGAACGGCACGCUCAAGGUGAUCGACCGCAAGAAGCACAUCUUCAAGCUGAGCCAGGGCGAGUACAUCGUGCCGGAGAAGAUCGAGAACGCGUACAUCCGCAGCCAGUACGUGGAGCAGGUGUUUGUGCACGGCGAGAGCUUGAAGAGUUGCGUCGUGGCGAUCGUCGUCCCGGACGUCGAGGUGGUCAAGGGCUGGGCCGUACAGAACCACAUUCCGGGAACGCUGAGCGUGCUGUGCAGCAACCCCGACGUCAAGCAGCUCAUCUUCAACGACAUGAUCGCCCAGGGCAAGGUGGUGGGACUCAAAUCAUUCGAACAGGUCAAAGACAUUUACCUCCACCCGGACCCGUUCUCGGUGCAGAACGGCCUGCUGACGCCCACGUUCAAGAGCCGGCGGCCGCAGAUCAAGAGCUACUUCGCGCCCCAGCUGGACGACAUGUACAAACAUCUGGACUAAACAGAAACGCUCCGUCAGUGAUCAGAGUCUGUCCGCGGUUUUGCCUGCAAGGUUUUUUCGUUUAUUUUCCGUUUGUUUUCCUCGAGUGAAUGUGUGCGUGAAUGUGUGUGUGUGCGCGAAAACACGCGUAGUUUAUCACCUCAAGGCUACGCGGGGAAUAUCUUGAGACGAAGACGGGAGGUUGCUGAUGCUGCUGCGUUCAUUGUGCUUUGUACAGAUAUUAUUAACCCCAGAAUUAAAUGGACUACACAGAUUUUAAGGGAGGCAAACGCAGAUAGGCAGGCAGGAAGGUUAUGAUAAUAUUAUGAAACUAAUGUGCUUAAAAACAGCAGAUUUGCUCCGUCGCGAUCACACUAAAACCAAACUACGCAACACUAGCGACACCAACUUACUUUUUAUUCUUUCUCCAAACGCGUUGGCUAGUGACCAGUUAGGGGCUACCAUUCUUAACUAAUUCAAGUAAAACAAAACCAACUAAACAAAAACACACACACACUCGUUCGUAGAAUUAUUGACAGCGAUACCAAAAUUUACUUAGUUGUUACUUAAUAAAUUAUUACCAAUCAAACGGAUCAAAAACUUAAGAAAAAACCCAAAAGUUGCAAAUCGUAGGAAAAUUAAAUUAUUCUUAACUAAGGAAAAGAAGCAAACCCAAGAAAAAAUGGCAUGGCAAUUGUACAGUAGUAGGAACCAAUAUCGAAUAAAACAAGUGAAAGAAAAAAAAAUCAAAAAAAGGUAAGCUAAUCUUCACACUUGACAACAACACACACACAUACAAAGGUAGACACAAAUCUGCGUCGCGCGUCGCGUAGACAUUUGAGUCAAUUUCAAAUUCUUAUGACGUUACUUACUGAUUAUUGAGAAGAAAUUAAAAACUACUUAAAAGAAGAAGAAGAGGAACGUGUGAGAGUGGAACCUAGAAUGAGCGAAACGAUAGCGGCAAUGUUGCGGUGCAAAUUCCUUUUUUCGUAACUUAAAUUACCCCCUUCAUUUCACGUGUGUGAUUUGAACCAAGUAGCAAACUUUUAUUUUCCAGUUGAUAAGCUCUAGUCAAGUGUUUUUUUUUUGUUUCCUGCUGAGAGCGAACCCCCUUUUUUGUUUCCUCUCCAGUAAGUUAGGCUCGUUUUAUACAACUCACACAACAGUCUAGGUAAUGCGACAAUAUUACGAUUAUUACGAUGAUCAUUAACUGAAUUUUACACAUUAGUAGUGGUUUGAAGUAUCGAAUUUGAAGGAAAAAGAGAGAGAGAAAAGGCAAGAAAAUCUUUAAAAAAGGCAGUUGGAUAGUAUAAUUGAUCAAAUAGAGGCGAACGUUUUUUCCUCCCCCUUGAAAACCAUGAGAAGGCAUUUCCAUUAAAGUGCGCGUUUAACUCUGAAAAACAAACAAAAAAAAAAUCAUCACGAAACCGAUUGAUUUUCAAUUUAACUGACCCAUUUUUACUCAAAAAAAAAAACAGGACGCGACUAGAUAAAAAUCGUUAGAACACAAACACUCUUGAUAAAGCAAAACACUCUCAUCUUAAACAAGAAAAGCAAAAGAAAACGAUUAAAGGGAUAUUAUUAUUAACAAACAAGAAAGAAAAAAAUACUUGAUAGAACGAACAAGCUCUGAGGCAACACAACACCUACAAACAAACACACACUACAAGAAGAAUGGAAAAAAUAAGUAAAACAAAACAAAACAAAAAAAAAUACUUUUUACUGGGCGCCUAUUUAAUCUUAGAAUAAAUGCAAUAUGUAGUUAGUUGAAGAAGAAAAAACAGUGAUGGUCAAAAUUAGA